CGGAAGCGGAAGUGGAAGUGGAAGAAAGAUGCAGGACUACCAGCACGUGCCCAUCGACAUCCAGACCAACAAGCUGCUCGACUGGCUGGUGGAUCGGAGGCACUGCAACUUGAAAUGGCAGAGUCUGGUACGAACCAUUCGAGAGAAGAUCAAUGCUGCCAUCCAGGACAUGCCAGAGAGCGAGGAGAUCGCCCAGCUGCUCUCUGGAUCCUACAUUCACUACUUCCACUGCCUGCAGAUCGUGGACCUGCUCAAAGGCACUGAAGCCUCCACCAAGAAUAUUUUUGGCCGGUAUUCUUCUCAGCGCAUGAAGGACUGGCAGGAGAUUGUGACCUUGUAUGAGAAGGACAAUACCUACUUAGUGGAACUUGCCAGCCUCCUGGUGCGCAACGUCAACUAUGAGAUCCCCUCCCUGAAGAAGCAGAUCGCCAAGUGCCAGCAGCUGCAUCAAGAAUACUGCCGAAAGGAAGAGGAGGGCCAGGCAGGGGCAGCGGAGAUGAAGGAGCAGUUCUAUCAAUCGUGCAAGCAGUAUGGAAUCACGGGCGACAAUGUCUGGAGAGAGCUGAUGGCCCUGGUGAAGGACCUGCCGAGUCAGCUGGCGGAGAUCGGGGCAGGAGCUCAGGUCCUUAGGGAAGCCAUUGACCUGUACCAGGCCUGCGUGGGCUUUGUGUGUGAGAGCCCUACGGAGCAGGUACUGCCCAUGCUGCAGUUCGUACAGACGAGGGGCAACUGCACAGUGUAUGAGUGGAGAACGGGCUCAGAGCCCACCGUGGUGGAGCGGCCAAACCUGGAGAAGGCUCCAGAGAAGGUGGAAGAAGAUGCGAUUGAUUGGGGCGACUUUGGGGUCCAGGUGGCUUCAGAAGGAACAGACUCAGGCAUCUCCGUCCAGGCUGCUGAAAUUGACUGGGGCAUCUCACUGGAAUCCGACUCAAAGGAAACUGGGAGUGAUGAGAUCAACUGGGGAGAUAUGGCUGCCACAGACUUGGAGAUCACAGUGCUAGAAACUGGAAACCAGGCUCCGGAAGGUGUAGCAAGGGGCCCGGAUGCUCUGUCACUUCUUGAAUACCCCGAGACCCGGAAUCAGUUCAUCGACGAGCUCAUGGAGCUGGAGAUCUUCUUGUCCCAAAGAGCAGUGGAGAUGGGCGAGGAGGCCGACAUCCUGUCCAUAAGCCAGUUCCAGCUGGCUCCUGCAAUCCUGCAGGGCCAAACCAAGGAGAAGAUGGAGUCUAUGAUGUCAGUGUUGCAGGAUCUGAUUGGCCAGCUGACCAGUCUCCGAAUGCAGCACCUGUUCAUGAUCCUGGCUUCACCCAGGUAUGUGGACCGAGUCAUGGAGCUCCUGCAGCAGAAGCUGAAGCAGUCGCAGCUUCUGGCACUGAAGAAAGAGCUGAUGGUGCAGAAGCAGCAGGAAGUGCUGCAGGAGCAGGCCACGCUGGAGCCCAGGCUCGACCUGCUGAUCGAAAAGACCAAGGAGCUGCAGAAGCUGAUCGAAGCUGACAUUUCCAAGAGGUACAACGGGCGUCCAGUGAACCUGAUGGGGACCACUCUGUGACCCCUCACCUUCAGGAGUCGGGCAUUCGGGGCUGGUGUGGAGGAUCCUUCCUAACAGGACAGUCAGCGGCGAGAGGACUGGAAGCUACAACAGGAAGCUACUUCUUUUUUUUUGUUUGCUCUCACUGUGCCCUCCACCAAAACUUGUGCUGGACCCUGUGACUUGUGGGCUUACAACUCCAGCCUCUGCACCUCCUCACGGAAGAGUUCAUCUUAAUAAAGGAGAAAAAGACUCUG